UAAUUUUUUUUAUUUUAGUUUUUGUUUAGGUCAAUAUUAUUCCUUUAUAUCGAAUGGUAUAGUGGUAAAAGGAAAUGCUGCGAAUCAUAAUCUCUUUUGUUAUCGUAAUCAAUUGGGGACUGUGUACUCAAGGACAACAAGAGAUUGGUAAAGAGUUUCCUCCAUUUAAUGGUUGGUACAACAACAGAGGUAAUCCAUCACUUGGUAUUCCAGACUCUUCUCUUACUCGGAGUCUGCCACCCCACUACAAAGAUGGAGUCUACGAACCAUCCGGAUGGGAAAGACCAAACGUGCGUUCAAUUAGCAACUUGAUUUUUUCUGGCCCGCAAGGACUUCCAUCGACAAACAACAAGACGGCCCUCUUUCUCUUUUUUGGGGAACACGUAAUGCAGGAUAUUCUGGACACAUCUAGGCCCGGAUGUCCUCCUGAAUAUUUUAACAUCAUGCUAAAUGCUAGUGACUCGCACUUCAGCACGACCGAGAUGCCUUACGAGAGGUCUAGCUACCAAGCGUCUAACACCGGGUAUUCCCCUAACCACCCACGCGAACAAAUCAACGCUGUGACGUCAUACUUGGAUGGCAGUCAGAUCUACGGACAUACAAAAGCGUGGUCGAAUAACCUUCGUUUACUUCGGUCGACGUGUAAUGGAAGAACUUCCACAUCAAGUUUAUUUUCAAGUCAGGGCAGAGCAACCGACUGUAGGGGCGAGCUUGCUUCGCUGGACGACCAAGGAGAAUUCCCAGCGUUGAAUAAUGUUGGUCUUCCGUUGGAUAACUCGUGGACCACAAAAGAUCAUGUGAUCCAAUCAGCGAAAAGAUUUUACAGAGUCGGUUCGAGGCGAGGUAACGAAAACCCAUUCGUUCUAACCAUUGGUAUCACGUGGUUUCGACAUCACAAUUGGCUUGCUCGAAAUAUCCGAGAUUCGAACCCGAAUUGGUCGGAUGAUGACGUUUUUAACGAAGCUCGAAUACAGAAUAUCGCAAUGUAUCAGAAAGUGCUGAUGUACGAAUGGUUGCCGGGGCUUCUUGGUACAUGUUCGUCUUUAAAUCAAAGUCAAUGUUUGAACGUAACACCAUACACAGCUUACAGUUCCGGCACGUCUGCUAGUGUGUCUGAUAUCUUUGAAGGAGCGGCAAGACAUUUCCUUAGCACCAUAACCCCGCCAGGAGUGUUCGUACGAAGCAAAUUUAAUGAAAGUUCUGGAAGCUGCGAAUUUCGAACCACUUCUGCUACGUCACCGGCAUUGAGUUUGUGUAACUCUUACUGGGAACCAGCGGAAACAUUUAAAGUCGCGAGCAUUGAUGAGCUAACAAUGGGAAUGGCAAGCCAGAUCGCUGAAUUGGAAGAUAACGUUAUUACGCCCAGUCUACGACACAACUACUAUGGCAGCCGACGAUUUUCAAGAAGGGAUUUAAUGGCAACCAUACUACAGAAAGGAAGAGAUCAUGGCCUGCCGGAUUACAACGUUGCGAGAGAAGAAUUCGGAAUGCAAACGAAAGCUACGAUGAUGGAUAUUAAUCAGAACCUGUUUCAAAGCAAUCUUCAAUCAAACGGAACGCUGCUGGAUGAUCUUACAUCUUUACACGAUGGGAAACUAUCAAAACUGGAUAUUUUUACAGGUGGUUUGUUAGAGACCACAGGGGGAAGUCCCGGCGAGCUGUUUCGUUACGUCAUAGCGGAUCAGUUUCUUCGGUUGCGAAACGGCGAUCGGUUUUGGUUCGAAAAUGUAAAAACAAGCUUGCUUUCCUCGACCAAACUAAACGAGAUUCUCAACACAACCUUCCGUGACGUUAUUCUUCGAACUAACCCCACAAUAAAUGGCAGUUUUGAUAUUCAAGACAACCCGUUUGUGUGGGCCACAGGGGACAGCAAGCUCUUUUGUCCACAGCCUUACCAACUCACAGAGAAUGUUCUGGAAGAAUGCACGCCACUACAACGCUAUGAUUACUUCACAUCUAGUGAAGUCUCCUUCCCAUUAUCAUUUGCUUUCUUCGGUGUCUUUGUGCUAAUCACGUUAUUGGUGAUGUAUCUGGUUGGUCGGCAGCGAAUGAAAUCUGCCUUGAAAACUAAAAAGGAUAUCACAACUAAGAAGCGCGCCACUAUUGAGACCAGUAUAGCUUCUGGUAAUGUCACAAUUUGUACUGAAAUUCUUGGUGAAAAUGUGCGACAAAUUCAGAUAAUUUUGAGACCCGAAAAUUUGAUUUUGAUAAAAGCUGUAAUUGGGAACCAAAACCUAAGAAAAAUCGAACUGAUACAACAACAAGAUAUCAAAAUAUACUGCAGUGAUGGUACUGAUAGAAGAACUUUAAUCGUUCGACUUCAAGAAGACACUUAUGACCUGGUACUGUCCUUCAACGAUAGCUAUGAACUAGAUGAAUUUUUCAAUGAAUUGCAUAACUUUGUCAAACCUUUGGGUUUGAAGUGCAUCACGUUUGCGAUUCCUGAGAAGCAUAUUAUGGAAGAAGCGAGAACAAAGGAGAUGAGAGAUAAACAACUACAGAACUUCUUCCGUACAGCACUGUCGCAGGCUAUGAAUAUUGAAUCUGAAGACUUGGAUCGGCCCAAGCGUAAAACACUUAAAGAUCUUAUGAAAGUCAACAUCACAAAGUCAGAAUUUGCCGAAUACCUCAAGCUGAAAGAAGAUUCGCUUUUUGUUGAGCAAAUGUUUCUGGUCGCUGACUCUGAUGAAGACGGAACAAUAUCUUUUCGUGAAUUUCUGGACAUAAUUGUUCUUUUUACAAAAGGCACCCCGAAAGAAAAAGCCCAACUAAUGUUCAACAUGUAUGACCUGGAUAAAAGUGGAGGUUUAUCAAAAGAAGAAUUCACAACUAUGUUAAAAUCAAUGAUGGAGAUGGUGAACUCUUCUGCAGAUGUAGAUAAUAUUGACAGCGUUGUAGAUGAUAUGAUGCGAGCUAAUGGAUUCAGUUCCAAAGAUUCUCUUGACCUGAAUGACUUCCUAAUGUUGUUGGGGCAAUAUUCAGAUAUAUCAAACCAACAGUCAACAAGUAAUGGACAUAAAACAUAUCAAGCAAAACGACAGAGCAAAUAUCAUCGAUAUUCAAAGCGUUUCAAAGAAGGACCGCAAACACCACAACGCCGUUUGACCAGAAAAGUAAAAACUGUUCGUGAGGAUUACAAAACAAAGUCUUAUGAGAAAUUCUUUGUGGCAUUGGUGAAACUGACAGAACAUUAUGCCAAUCACAUCUUCUGUCUAUCUCUGUACAGUUUAAUAACAGCUGGAGUUUUCUUGAAUGCUUUCUUUGUAGUCUACUCUAAAAACGCCACCGGACUCUAUGGCAUUGGAGGACCGCUGAUGGCUCUUGCUCGAGCAUCGGCUGCUGCUCUGAUGUUCAACUUCUCGACUCUUCUCCUUACUAUGUGCAGGAACAUCAUCACUUUCCUCCGAGAAACUUUUCUUCAUCGUUUCAUUCCAUUUGAUUCUGCCGUUACCAUGCAUCGGAUAGUUGCCUGGAUGGCUCUCGCUUUUACUGCCCUUCAUAUCUUGGCCCAUGGAAUCAACUUUUAUUCAAUCGUGACACAAAGUCCUGAUGAUAUGGCUUGUUUGUUCAGAGAUAUGUGGUAUCCAAGUGACUAUAUACCUACGUUUGUCUUCUGGUUGUUUCAAACCAUCACAGGCAUUACAGGGGUUAUUCUAACCCUCGCACUUAUUGUCAUGUAUGUCUUUGCAAGCAACUAUGCACGUCGUAUGAUCUUUAAUUGGUUCCGAUGGACUCACAAACUCGGAUAUCUUUCGUUAUAUUUUUUCUCUUUUGUCCAUGGAAGUGGAAUGCUCAUUUCUUCACCUCAGUUUUACUACUACUUCCUCGUGCCUGGCAUUCUCUUCACAUUAGACAAGGUGUAUACCUACAGCAGAAAGAAAGCUUACAUCUCAGUUGUGAGAGCUGAAUUAUUCCCAUCUGACGUCACACAUUUAGAAUUCAAACGCCCUAAAAAUUUUGAUUACAAAGCUGGACAGUGGGUGCGCAUCGCUUGCCUUGCACAAUCCUCAUCCGAGUAUCAUCCUUUCACAUUAUCCUCCGCUCCUCAUGAGGACACACUCAAGCUCCACAUACGAGCAGUCGGACCUUGGACGAGGAAUUUGAGGAAUAUUUACGACCCCAACGUUUUACGAGAUUCUCCAUACCCAAAACUGUUCUUGGAUGGUCCGUUUGGUGAGGGUCACCAAGAUUGGUAUAAAUAUGAAGUUUCAGUGCUUGUUGGUGGUGGUAUUGGUGUGACUCCAUUUGCUUCAAUUUUAAAGGAUUUGGUCAACAGAAGUCAAUCUGGUGUAGCUAUUACGUGUAAAGCGGUUUAUUUCAUUUGGGUGACAAGAGACCAAAACCAGUACGAAUGGUUGACUGAUAUAAUACAAGAAGUUGAAGGCAAGGAUAAGAAACAGAUCCUAAACACACAUAUCUUUAUUACACAAUUUCCACAAAAGUUUGACUUACGGACCAAGAUGUUGUACAUAUGCGAAGAAAACUUCCAAAAAAUUGCGGGUAAAUCACUUUUCACUGGACUACGUGCUAUAACUCACUUUGGAAGACCAGACUUUCCUGAUUUUUUUGUCACUCUGGGAGAAGAACACUCUUCGGUUGAAACUUUCGGUGUUUUCAGUUGUGGUCCACCACCAAUGACAGAAGGUGUAGAGAAAGCUUGUGCAAAACUUAAUAAAUAUGAAGGCCCAACAUUUAGUCACCACUUUGAAAACUUUUAAGGAAGAUUUUUUAUACAAAUAUAUUUUGUUUUAGUAAAUUGCUUACUGCUUCAGGGCAAGAAAAUAUUAGACUAAUUCCUAUUUUACAAUGUAGUUUGUUAACGUUACAGUAUAACGAAAUUUAUAAUAGUGCUCUAUUUACACAUUCUUCUUUUCAUAGUAGUAAUGUUACAUGUAUACAUUAUUAAUCUGCACCUUACUUUUAUUUAAAAAAAAUUAAAUGUUCUCUGUUAUUGCA